CGCACACGCACACACACACACACACACACACACACACACACACACCCCUUCCCAACUCUGGAACACUAUCCAACACUUGGAGGAGCGUAUGUGUGAAAAUGCUCCUGCCGUCAGAGCUUUACCUGUGACUUCAGCACAACACGAGAGGAGGAUCGGAAGGAGAAAAACUCGUGUAGGACAGAAACAUGGGCUGGUCUGCUUCCACCACAUUCUCACUCUUAAAAGACUGAAGGAUCCCCACCAGAGCUCACAGCACACAUGAGGAUCCGCGAUGCUCUGGACACCUCCGGACCUCCUGCAGACCACCUCAUUCACUUCAACUUCUGACGCCAAGGCAACUUCAGCACAAAGAGCAUCUGAAUGUGCUCCAUCCUCAGAUAUGACAGCCCGUCAUGUUUGGACGUGUUCUGCCUUCACGAAUUGUUCUUAAACAUUGUUUUGCGAGUAGAGAAAGACAGAAGUGCACCGAGUGUGAAUGAAGCUCUUACUGAUCGAAUCAAUGAAUUAAGCCUCGAUCUCGUCAGGAAAAAGACAAACUCCAGCUCGUGUUAAGAGCUUUAUUGAUUUGUCUGUCUGGAACAUUUUCGUCUUUGACAAAAGAAGAGGAAAACAAAACAAAAAACAACAAUAACAAGUGGAAGGACUUUGGAGAGGAAGAGUGCGUCCGUGCGCAUUUCUCUGGGACAUUAUCAUACCCAUCGCCAUCAUCAUCUCUCUAGUUUUGGAUAAAAUGAAAGUUUGGACUUUUCUCCAGUGUCUCGCCAUCCUGCUCGUCCUGUGUGUGGGAUCAGACUGCGGGACGGUCCUGAGAAAGACCCGAUCCAAACGCGAGCUGGUGAAGAUCAGAGAAGCCAAAGCGGUCUUCCCGGGGGCUUGUGCCACCCGGCUGCCUCGGGGCAAGCGCUCCUUGCCGGCGCAGGACCGCCGGCUCCCCCGCCAGCGCGGCCGCUCCUCUCCAGCGGAGGAUGCGAGCUCCUCUCGGGGGAAAGCCGUUUAUUUUACGGGCAGAGGGGACCAGCUGAGACUCAAGCCCGGCGUGGAGAUACCAAAGGGCAAUUUCACCCUCCAGAUGUGGGUCAAAGCGGAGGGUGGGCAGCGUUCCCCUACCGUUAUAGCUGGUCUCUUCGACAAAUGCUUCUAUGCCUCCAGUGAUCGUGGAUGGCUGAUGGGAAUUAAAUCUGUGAGUGAGCAGGGAAACCGUGACCCGCGUUUCUUCUUCUCCCUUAAGACGGAUCGAGCACACAAAGUUACCUCCAUUCACUCGAACGCCCGCUACUUGCCCAGCCGCUGGGCCCAUGUAGCUGUGACUUACGAUGGCCUCUAUAUGAAGUUAUAUGUCAAUGGUGCUCAGACUGCUGUUAGCAGGGAACAGUCAGGUGACGUCUUCAGCCCCCUUACUAAAAAGUGUAAGGUGCUGAUGGUGGGUGGAAAUGCCUUGAAUCAUAACUACAGAGGCUCUGUGGAACGGGUCGGUUUGUGGCGACAGGCUCUGUCUCAGAGGCAAAUCAUGAGGGACAUGCAUGGACAAGAGGACCCUGAGGACCUGGUUGACCUGGUGAUCCGUGAGACCUUUGAACACCCGGCGCGCAAAUGGCUGGCAGUGAAGGAUGGCAGCUUCCCGAUACCUGAUGAGGGUCCUCGUGCCGGGUUAUGGUCUUUGGACACCACUCUGGAGCCUCCAGCCUGCGGACAGACGGUGUGCGAUAACACAGAAGUGGUGCGCAACUACAAUCAUUUCUGGAGCUUCCGUCGCCCCAAAACAGUGCGAUACCGUGUUGUGAACGUGUUUGACGACUUUCAGCGCAAACCCACAGUGACAGAUCAACAGAUUCACCUGCAGCAUCAGCAUCUGAAUGAAGCCUUUAGCAUGUACAACAUCACCUGGGAGUUGACUGUGCACAACGUGAGCAAUUCCUCUUUGUAUAACCGUCUGGUGCUCGCCAACUGUGACAUCAGCAAGGUGGGUGAUGAGGAUUGUGACCCUGAAUGCAACCACACCCUGACUGGCUUUGACGCCGGUUACUGCAAGCCCCGGACGCGAUGUCCUGAACAUAAACAAGGGAAUGGCAUCUGCGAUCCAGAGUGCAACUGUGAGAACUAUGGUUACGAUAAUGGAGAUUGCUGUAAUCCUACCAUCACCGAUGUGACCAAGACCUGCUUCAAUCCAGCUUCUCAUUUAAGGGCCUAUCUGGAUGUGAAGGAGCUAAAAGAGAUCCUCAAGCUGGACGGUUCAACGCACCUCAAUAUCUUCUUCGCCAAUUCCUCAGAUGAAGACCUGGCUGGAGUUGCUACAUGGCCAUGGGACAAGGAGGCACUGACACAUUUAGGUGGUAUAGUUCUAAAUCCGUCUUUCUACGGUACAUUUGGCCACACUCAUACCAUGAUCCAUGAGAUCGGUCACAGUCUGGGACUGUACCAUGUGUUCAGGGGCAUCUCGGAGAUCGAGUCCUGCAACGACGCGUGUUUAGAGACAGAGCCCUCGCUGGAAACCGGAGAUCUGUGCGCAGACACCAACCCCACACCCAAAUACAAGCACUGCAGGGACCCUGAGCCUGGCAACGAAACCUGUGGCAACCGCAACUUUGUUCACACGCCUUUUAAUAAUUACAUGAGCUACGCAGAUGACGACUGCACUGAUUCCUUUACCCUUAACCAGGUGGCUCGCAUGCACUGCUAUCUGGACCUCAUCUACCAAACCUGGCAACCCGGCUACCGGCCCCCUCCAGUCCCCAUGGCCCCCCAAGUAGUAGAACAGGAACAAGACUCCAUUACUUUAGAGUGGUUUCCGCCCAUCUCUGGCCACUUCUACGACAGAGAAGUGGGAUCAGUAUGUGAUAAAUGUGCAGAGGGUCACGUCCUUCUGCAGUACGCCUCCAAUUCUUCGUCUCCGCGCCCCUGCUCCCCGUCUGGACACUGGAGCCCCAGAGAAGCAGAGGGACCACCAGAUGUGGAGCAGGCAUGCGAGCCCAGCGUCCGCACGUGGAGUCCGCACAACGGCAUGGAUCUGGGCAUGGUGCCCCCUCCCUGCCCUCUGCAAGGCUGCAUGUUACAGCUGGAGUUUGCACAUCCGGUGAUCCCUGACUCCCUCACGGUGUGGGUGACCUUCUCCUCCCAGGAGGAAACAGUUCUGCCUGCCAUCCACAAUAUCAUCUUAUUGACUGUAGGUGGCAACAACCUGUCUCUGGGUCCCAGCAAUUUGUUCUGCGACACACCACUGACCAUCAAGCUGGAUGUGCAUGAGAAGGUGUACGGCGUGCAGUUUUUCACCAUGGAGCAACAUUUGGAAAUUGAUGCUACUCUGCUCACGUCUAAACCUGACUGUCCUUUCUGUCGAGAAUGUGAGCCGCUGCACUAUCGGCUUCUACGGCAGCCGGCGUUCAUGCACGCACCCCAGGGCAUCAUGCUGAGCGACUCGAUGCGAAGAUACGUGGAUAGGGAUGUUGAGUAUGGUGGUGUGUACACAUACCAGGUCCAAACCAUCUCCAGUCGGAGCGAGAGCGAGCCAUCACCUCCGUUCACACACCGCCUUGGAGCGCCGUACUGUGGAGACGGUCUCAUCCAGAGGUCCCAGGGAGAGGAAUGUGAUGAUAUGAACACUAUGAAUGGAGACGGCUGCUCCGGCCACUGUAAGAAGGAGCCGUUUUUUAACUGUAUUGAUGAGCCGAGCAUGUGUUACUAUUAUGACGGUGACGGCGUCUGUGAAGACUUUGAGCGGGAGACAGGCGUGAAGGACUGUGGCCUGUACACACCAAACGGUUUUCUGGACCAGUGGGCCACCACAGUGGAAGUGUCCCAUGAAGAAAGGCUGUACUGCCCAGCCGACGUGGCAGCGGGAUAUCCUGCUAUUACUAAGACAUGCCAAUCCAAGGUGUUUGACCUCUCUGAUGGAGUGUCUCAGUAUGCCUGGUUUCCAUGUCGAGAAGCUCAGGGUGUUUCCUGGUAUCCCCAGUACUGGUUGAAGGCAUAUUUCUCACAUCCUAUGGUUGCUGCGGCUGUUAUCAUCCAUUUAGCUGCAGAUGGAACGAGCUACAUCGAUCAAGCCCAGUGUAACAUUACAGUCCAGCUGAUCGACACCAAAGAGGGCAUCCACAGCUUAGGUGACUGGCGUUUGAGCUGCCGCACCAAUCCUCUGGUCAUCCCAGUGAGUCAUGACUUGAGCAUGGCCUUCUACCACACCAAAGCCAUUCUCCUCAUGUUCCGCUCUGAUCUCGUGGCCAUCUCCGGUGUCGGCCUGCGCUCUUUCCAGUUCUUUGACCCAAUCACCAUCAGCGGCUGUCAGAGCAAUGAAAUAUACAACCCCAUGGGGCAGAGUUGUGUUCAUUACUCCUGUGAAGCCAUUGACUGCCAAGAGCCGUUGAUCCGGAACGCAGAGGUGCAGUGCAGCGACGGGGGAUACUUCAACGGCGCGCGCUGCACUGUCAUGUGCAACAGCGGAUACGUCCUACAAAUCCACCGGGACGAUGACAUCAUCAAGAGCCAGACGGACUCAACCGUGACCAUCACCUGUGCUGAUAGGAAAUGGAACAAGCAAGUAUCGUGUGAGCCGGUUGACUGUGGGCUACCAGAUAAGUACCAUGUGCACCCUGCCCACUUUGAUUUCCCAGAAGGCACCACCUACGGCAAGAAGAGCACGUUCCAGUGCAAGGAGCCUGCUCAGCUUGUGGGCACUAAUAACACUCUGACCUGUAUGGAGGACGGUCUGUGGUCGUUCCCGGAGGCUUUGUGUGAGCUCCGCUGUCCAGCGCCGCCUCCCGUGCCCAACGCCAUGCUGCAGACCAAACGCUGCAAUGAAACGGGCCUGAAAGUGGGAACCCUCUGCAAAUACAAAUGCAAACCUGGAUACCAUGUGGCCAACAAACCAAAGAGGAGAGCCUUCAAGCGGCAGUGCACAGAAGACGGCCGCUGGUUGGAGGGCUCGUGUGAGCCGGUGACCUGUCCUCCUCCUCCAUCGGUCUUCUAUGGCAUGUACCAGUGCACAGACGGCUUCAGGUUCGACAGCACCUGCUGGAUCCACUGUGAUCGCACCAACCACACUCUGAGACAGCCGCCACCAUGCAAACAGGUUGUUGGCACCAAUGUCAUCCGCUGCAGAAAGGACGGGAACUGGACCGGAAGCUUCCGGUUAUGCCCUCAGCUGAAGGGCCAAUGCUCUCUACCUCAGAACCUGCAUCCCAGCAUCCGCAUCAGCUGCAAGAAGGGCCACGGCAUAGGAGAGGAGUGCGAGCUGUCCUGCAGGGACAUCAGCAAUGAUGUGGUCAUUCUGCCGAGUAACAUGACGGUCAGCAGCAUUAUGAGACAUCACUGGAUGAACCCUUCCAAAGUCAAGCUCAUAGUCUGCACCAUGGGCCUGAGGUGGUACCCUCAUCCGGAAGUCCUGCGCUGCAUUAAAGGCUGUGAGAGGCCCAAGAAGAUUUAUGAAGAUGAAGAUGUAGAGGAACUCUACACUAAACCUUUCAUGGGUGACAAUUACUGUGACGCCAUCAACAACAGAGCCUACUGCAACUACGAUGGAGGUGACUGCUGUCAUUCCACUGUCAAGACUAAGAAGGUGAUUCCGUUCCCCAUGUCUUGUGAUAUCCGAAGAGAGUGCGCUUGCCGGGACCCCAACGCCUUGGAGAACCGAAAGGGCGAGCACUUGCACUCACUCGGUUAAAUCGCUCGGACUGGGACAGGACGAGAUAUUCUUCCCAGAAAUGCUGCUGCUUCACAGUUGUACCUCUCCUCUUAGAGCUGUUCAUCCUUUCCAAGUCUACCUGCUAUCUCUUACAAUACGUUUGGAAAAGGAUCCCAAUGCCAUGACCCCAAAAAAGGACCAAAGUUGGUUUGUGUAGAAGCAUCAACAUCACUCACGACUCCCCCCAAAAAUAAAGCAAGUGAAGCAAGAGAUACUGAUGUGAUUUGACCAAAGGCCAAAAAAGCAUCAUCUCAAAAGAAGAAAGAACUUUCUGCCGAAACACCACAGUUUAGUGGGCUUGAUUUGCUUUACUUUGACCUCAGUCGUCCCUUGUAAAACGGACUUGGGAUGGUACGGUUGGCUCACAUGAUCACAGGUCAUUUUUAAAGAUUAAUCACCACUUCUUUUGAUGUUCCUACGAUGAAACAAUCCAUCAAAUAUAAAUACGCAACGGCUAUUUAUGAAAUAAUUUGAGGUUUAUGUAAAAUGCACACGGAUAGGUCGUUGCAUAAAUGCGGUGAGAAUGAAUUGGUUUCUUUAGCAUGGCUGCUGCUGUUGUUGCUGCUACGAUUGCUGCUAAUUAGUCAAACAACAGACAACAGGAAUACGCAGGCCAUGAUCUAGUGUGUCGUCAGUCUGCCUUAACACUUACCUCUGAUCAAUAUGACCGCCAAUGACCGAAGACCUCCCGUUACAGCGCCGGGCCAGUGCUGAAGUGUAACUCAUCUGCAUCAUAGACACAACAUACUGAAUGUAGAGGCCAUUGUCAGAAACCUUUUAUUUAAUAUAAAUGGUUAGUUCACCCAAAAACUGACAAUUCCACUAUCAUUUACUCACUUUCGGUUUUUAUUGAUUGAUUUUUGAGUUUGAAAACAUAAAAAAAAUAAGCAUAUCCAUAGAAUGAGUUCAAAAGCAUCAUACAAGUAGUCUUCCGAAGCUGUAGCUUUGUGUGAUUUUAUUCACAGGAAAUCCUUCCAUCUGCUGCAGUUCUCAAAUGUCUCAUUCUCUGGUUACAACACCCAUGGGAGCCAAUGACAUCCAAAGGUGCCAUACUUAAAUCUGACCGCAAGCACCAAAGAGAUUUGUGAUGAAGGGGAAGCUUUUCAGCAACUAAAAACAACCCAACACAUCAGCUUCAGAAGACUACACGAGUGCCAUUGUGGUACUUUUAUUAAAUUGACCCUGCUAACCUAAUACAGAAAACAAACACACUAUUUCUAAUCUCAAUGAACGUUGCCAGUCAAAACCACUUUUUAACACAUGUGCCAACUUUUUAAACACUUGUAAGUGUUUUUAGCCCCUUUGAAACUGAGGUUAAAAUGCAAUGGGCGCUUGUGCCAUGGAUGUGCUGCCAAAAAACCUGAAAAUAUUAUAGCUUCAGCAUAAUCAGAAUGACUUGAUAUACACAAAAUCAUGAUAAAACAGCACUAAUUAUUAUUACAUAUAGAAAAAAAUGUAUAGAAAAAAGGAACUUCAGCAGCGUAUAAAUAUAUGUACACUUUUUCUUCUUCUUCAAUAUUUGGCUAUCAACUGUGAACUUUUCCUUCAGACAGACCUCUUCCCCUCAUGGCCUUAAACUGUUUUGACUAGUUUCUCACUGUCUGAAUCUGGAGUGUCAAACCUGCUCCUGAAGACUAAAAAUGCUGGGUUAAAAACAACCCAAGUUGGGUUGAAAAUGGACAAACCCAGCGAUUAACAACAACCUGCUGGUCAGUUUUAUUUAACUCAACUAUUGUUUAAAAAUGACUAUGGCUUAAAAUGAACCCAAAAUAUGUUGUAAAUAAGUUAAAAAUCAGACACAUAAUUACUAGAGGCAACAAUAAUAAUCAAAAGGUGAACAUUUAUUAAUAAGCAAUUUAAUAAAUGUUUAUUGUUUAAUUUUUAUUCAUUAAACAUAUUAAUAAACGUUAUUUUCCAACAUACUUUGGGUUCAUUUUAAGCAAGAAAUACAGUCAUUUUUAAACAAUAGUUGAGUUAAAUAAAACUGUACAGCAGGUUGGGUCAAACAUUUAACCCAACCGCUGGGUUUGUCCAUUUUCAACCCAACUUGAGUUUUUAACCCAGUAUUUUUUAGAGUGUAUGGUUGCAACAAACACCGGCCUGGAAGUUUCCAGUAAUUCUGAAGACCUUUAUUGGCUGGUUCUAGUGUGUUUAAUAACGGUUGUAGCCGGAAAGUGUCCCUCCAGGAGCUGAAUUUGACACACUGAUCUAAACUGAUGCCCCAUUGCAUUGGCUGUUCCUUCAAAAUGCCACACGGCAUAAUAUUGAGACACGUGGUAAAGAAAGAAGUCAUUGUGGUAUUCCUCUGCCAGGUGCAAAACUUCACGCUUAUGCAGAACAACUAAUAACACUUUACAAUAAGGUCCUGCUAGUAUAUGCAUUGACUGACAUGAACUAACAAAACAUUUGUUACAGUAUUUAAUCUUUGAUGACAUUAGGUGAUGAAAAUACAUCUGUUAGUUCAUGUUAGCUGAGGCCAAUAAAUAAUAUUAACAGAUACAACAUUUGAUUUUAAUAAUGUAGUAGCUAAUGAAUGCUUUAGAUGCGUUUUUCAUUUAGUUCAUAUAACAGAUGUAUUUAACUGAUGUUAACAAGUGGAAACUUAUUGUAAAGUGUUACUGAACAACUAAUCUUUUCUGAUCAGGUCUGUCCUCUUGUCCUUGAGGUUAUGAAUUUAAUGCGAUCGGGACACAAGUCUGAAGAAAACACUUUUCAUGGCAUGGAAACAUGCUAAAGCAUUAUUCUGCCUAAUGUUUUAAUAACGGGCAUCACUUUGUGCAAUUGUAGAUAUCGUAGUUAAAGUAUAAUAACUUUAUGACAUUUAUAAGUAAGAAAAAAAAAACACCUAGUAGAAAGUCGGACAACCAUAUCAUUUUUUUUAUUUUUUAUUUUUUUUAAUGCAUUUACAGUAAUAUCGAGUCCUCAUAUGUAUAAAGACUUCAUCAUGAGAUGCCGAAGUCAAUAGUUUCUUUUUAUUGUGCUUGUAGUGUCACAGGUGCAGUUAUUUAUAUUUCUAAAGAAACGAUAAAAUGAAAAAGUAAAAAAAAAGAAAAAAAAAAGAAAGAAAUAAUAAUAAUAAUAAUUAAUAAUCGUAUGUACCAGUAGUCAGUAUUUGUAUAAUGGACCUCAGUUGCUGCACUUUUGGGUAGCCCAUUGAAUUAAAGGCAAAACUUCUAAAAUGGCUGCUAUUUAAAGGCAGGAAAAUUUGGGAGGGAGAGUGUUUGUGGUGGAAACAGUAAUGUUUUAUGUUCAUUUUUACUGUAUGAUAUUAUCAUAUGCCUCUGUGAUUGAUUAUUGUGGUUCCACUUGCUUCACGUCUGGUUUUAUCGAGCAAUGUGACGUGUGGACACAGUGUGGAUUUUAUUGGAUUUAUAUUCCUUGUCAGAACAAGCCUUUGGGAUCAUGGAAAACUGGCUUUAAUAUUUAUGUUAUUGAAAGUGUGAAAAUUAAGUCUUCGAUUGGAUCAUUGUAUAUAUGUAUGUCUAUAUGUAUGUUGUGGUUUCUUGUUUGUUUGUUUGUUUGUUUUAUCAGCCAUCUCAUGAGUUAGGUUAAAAGAUUUAUUAUUAUUAUUAUUAUUAUUAUUAUUAUUAUUAAGGAACUACAGCACCCAAAGAUGAAAUAAGUGUAGGAAAAAUGUCACGGAGAGAGAGAGAGAGAAAAUCAAAUACUAUACAAUGCACGAGAGUACAAGAUUUAUAAUAGUGAAAAUGUAUGAAGAUUUUGUUUGUUAUAUAUUCUUGGGAGAACAAAUACCUGAUAUUAUACUCAAGAUAACAAUAUUCAGCAUUUAUUGCCAAGAUGGACAGCAAAACUGAUCAGCAUCAACGUUGCCAAAUUAGCACGAACAUCACGUAACUUGCCAACUUUCUGACGGCGCUUGUGACGGACAGGCCUGUCAGCCAAUGCUUCGUUUGUUUUGAAUGCUGCCGAAAUGUACUGUUUCCUUUUUUAGUCAUUUUCUCACUCUUCUCACACUUGUUAUAUGUUUCUCCAUCACUGCGUGCAAAUCAGAUCCCGGAGUGGAAUUACACCAAAUCCUCAUUUUCAUCCGCGUACAGGUCUAAAAGUGUCCGUUGGCUUGUUUAAUGAAGUUUUCAGUGGGAUGUUUGACACACACUACUGUAUGCACCAUAGGAUUUCUUGCUGUACCUCAUGCCUGUAAUGUUUGCUGCUUCCAUAUUUUAGUGAUUUGCGUCUAUUAGCGACAUAUAGUAGUGUACAUAGUAGAACUAUUUAUUGAGAGUGUUAUACUUUUGUAAGUUAUAUUUUUUAUUAUGUAAGUUAUUUGUACAAUGGUCUUAUAAAUGUAAAAUUUAGUUAUAGGGGCUCUUGUAUUAUUUUUUUUUCUUUUAUUCUUUUAUCCAUUGCUGAAGUUGAAGAACAAAUACAAUAACUCAGAAAUAUAAAUUCAAUAAUCACUUUUUUUUUUUUUUUUUUUUUUUUUGCAAGAGAGUUAAAAAAAAAAAACAAAUAGAAAACAAAAUGUCAUUCAGUCACUCUGGAAAUACUGCCAUUGAUGCAGUCGGGACAUGAUUGUAACUACAAUGUUGUAAUAUAUGUAUGUAAUUGUUUGUUAACACAGUACAUUUAUUCUAUGGCAGUCCCUGCAAAAGGAGAAUGGGAGUUUUAAAAAAAUGAAAAUCAACUUCUGUACCAAACAUUUCGAAUGUCUCUUUCAAACAUCCAGAGCUCACAUGCAUCAGCUUUGGACAGGUGAAGAAAACAUAUUGCUGUUUUUGGCCUGCCAAUGUGUUUGUCCAGGUGUCAAAAUAUGGACACGACUGUAAAACAUCAGUGUUCGAUGAGUCAGAGUUUCUUCCCUGACUAGUGCUCACUAUUGGGAGUCCUUAAAGGUGACAUAUAUGUCUUUGAGAUGUUGGUUGGUUGGUGGGAAGAAGAAAAAACCUAUGAAAACAAACGAAUGGAAUUGUAUCAAGAGUUUUAUAACGGUUUAAUAUGAAUGUCUCAAUUAUGAAGAUGUAAAUAGUGAUGUGAAAGUAAAUUGCCUUGUAUAUUUAAAGAGAUUCAUUAGACACAACGAUACAUUUAUGACAGUUAUUUAAAUCUGAAAAUGCGCCAUAGUUACAUCAGCAUCAAGUCUUGUACUUCAAGUGUCCUUUAAUUUCAGCCAGUGUUCAAAUUCUCUUGAAACAGACGUGAUUGUGCCUGUUAAACCCAUCUGUGUUUGGUGAUGCUGGCCAUGUCUGCUCUUGACCUCAUAUUGCUAAUAAAUUAUGACCAAAAUUGUCAA